GCACCUUUUUCUCCCAACUACCUAAACUCAUCAUCAGCUCAGCUGAUCUAAGGCUAUAUCUAAUUCACAUCAACACCAGGCAGUUCAACUCCUCAACAAGACCAUGACGGACAAACUCCCCCCAAAUCUCCUCGCUCUCUUCGCCCCUCGCCCUCCUCUGCGAUUCUUGCCUCCAUCUGACCACGCGCCAGGUGAGCGCAAAACCGCCAACAUCACUGGUGUCGCAGCAUUCCUUCCACAACUCCAGGAAUACAAGGACAACGACAACUACGUACCAACUGAGUCAUGGCUCCAAAAAAAGGAUCGCAUACUGAUGGAGAAGAAGGAGCGGCAGGAGAAAUUGAUGAAGGAGGUUCCAACUUCUUGUGAGGGAACCCAAUUAUGUCUUGAUUGCUAUUUAUUGUCGCUUGUCCGAUUUUUGGCGCAGUGGCAAUUACUUCCAUGAUAUAUGCUGACGAGUAUUCAAAACAGACAAGCCACAAGAAGAUCCAAACAUUCGUGGAGAUGCUUUCAAGACACUCAUUGUUGCGCGACUCAGCUACGAAGCUACUGAACAAGAUAUCGAAGCUGAGUUUGGUAGAUUUGGUGCCAUUGAACGAGUAUGUCCAGGAACAAUGAGACAUCGUAUUAUUUUACAGUUUGCUGACAUUUGCGACCAGAUCCGCAUUGUUGUUGACACCCACCAAGACGAAAAGCCAAACAAGAAGAAAAAGAAGCAUCGUGGAUAUGCGUUCGUUGUCUAUGAGCGAGAGAAAGAUAUGAGAGGUAAACACACAUCACAUCCCUAAUUGCCCACAGUGUUGUCAACGAAACUUGAACGAUAAAAAAUCAUGUAAAAGAUAUGGCCCUCAAGCUGCCUGUCUUCCCCAUUCCUUUCCUUCUUCUUAAAUGCCCAACUUAAGGUAUACAAGAAUGGGCAAAAUAACUGACAAAUGCGCCUUGCUCGCGCUUCGUGAAAAGCUGCCCUAGAAUCCUGUGAUGGAAUUCGAAUCAAGGAUCUUCGCAUCAAGGUAGAUGUUGAACGUGGUAGAACCGUCAAGCUCUGGAAACCUCGCCGCUUUGGAGGAGGACUCGGAGGCCGUGGAUAUACAAAGGCUGUUCCCCCUCGACCCAUGGGACCAGGAUCUUUUGGAGGACCAGCACCUGGUGGACCUGGAGGAUUCAGAGGUGGCGGAUUCCGUGGUGGAUUCGAUGGCGGCAGAAGUCGAGGUGGCUUCCGAGGAGGAUUUCAAGAACGCGGAGGCUAUGGUGGCGGACGUGGUGGAAUUGGAUACCAAGGUGGUGGAGGCUUCUCACGAGGUGGCGGCGGCGGCGGUGGGUAUGGAGGUUCAAAUGGGUACAGUGCUCCCCCAAAUGCACCAGCUGGCCCAGGAGGUCGAACUCCAAGCGGCGGUGGUUUCCGUGGAGGAUAUGGUGGCUCCGGAUCCCCUGAUCGAAAUGGAUCAUCAGCACCAUCUGGUGGGUAUGAUUCUCGCGGUGGUGGUCGCUCAUAUGAAGACAGAAACGGUGGUUAUCGCGGAAGCCGAGGAUACAACGAUCGCGACUCAGCCCGUGGCAGUGGUAGCAACAUGGAGCCGGUAAGACCUAGGGAUUCCAGAGAUUCCGGACGAGACGGUAGAGACGGAGGUAGAGAUGGUAGGGAUAGAGAUGGAUACAGAGACAGCCGAGACCGAGAUUAUCGACCACGCGAAGACGACUCACGCAAGAGACAGUACGAAAGCAAUGGCUACGAUGAGGACCCUAGAAAGCUUCGAAGGUACUAAUUGUGCAGCGAGGCAUGAUUCGGUUUGUCUUGCGGUGGGUUUUUCGAUCAUUCAGUCUUUCUUCCCUUUAUCACCAGGGGUAAGCGAAUCUCUUCGAUGCAGUUCACAACAAGGUAGUAUUGCCAGCAAGCACCUUUACGUUCAACUCGAUUAUACCAUCUCUUUCCCCACUUUCAGGGGGCUUCUAUGGUAAACGAGAAUACUGUUCUUCCAAAACCCCUCGGCCCAUAUGUCAGUCUGGUUGGUAUCGAAUUCUCGACUUGGUCUACUACUCAACCCGUGGACGACCUUUUGUUCUUUUGGCUAAGCUUGGAGGUAAGGUCAGAGGUAAGGUUUUGUACCAUCUGACCACGCUAGUUCAGCCUCGGAUGGAUUCUUUUUUUGCUAUGUAUUAUUCAAUAAGGAAGUGGUGGGUGGAUGGUAAGAAACGGGAGGCUCAAGCAACAAAAUUUCCUUUUGAUUUCCCUAAUAAGGUAGCGCCGGUCAACGCCAGCAGUUUAUCCCCAACUUGUAUGAUAUGAUAGGAAAUCCCAGAUAACAAAUUUCUCACAAUUCUUCC